AUGUCUAUGAAGCAAUUGGAGACUUCAAUGUCGAGUGUCUCCCUGCAAGAGAAGAAGCCCACUCGAAUAAAGAUUGCUCUGCAUCCUCAGUCCAAGAGCGAACAAAAUGAGACUGAUCGAGCAUCAAAAAUUCCAACCGGACGAAUCAGCACCACACAACCACAGACAUACUACCGGCCUACUAACCUUACCAAAACUCCCGCCAGCCAGGUGUCUCGACGGUCUUCAUACACCACAGACCCCCCAUCACCACUGACGGGCAUCACGGGGUUCCGAAACUAUUCUCUGGACGACUUUGAGAUUGGCAAGGCUCUCGGUAAGGGCAAAUUUGGAAAGGUGUACCUGGUGAAGGACAAGAAGACCGGGUUCGUAUCCGCCCUCAAAUGCAUGGAGAAGAAGGAACUGGUGGAGGGCAACGUGGAGAAGCAGUUUCGACGAGAGGUGGAGAUCCAGUCCAACCUGCGACACACAAACGUGCUGCGGUUGUUUGGCCACUUUCAUGACAAGGACCGAGUCUACCUCAUUCUCGAGUACGUCGUGCAUGGCGAGCUGUAUAAGUUGCUGCGCAACCAGAAACGAUUCACCGAGAGCACAGCGUCGUCGUACAUUUAUCAGAUGAGCGAGGCGCUGCUGUAUUUGCAUGGGAAGAACAUCAUCCACAGAGACAUCAAGCCUGAAAACAUUCUGUUACACUUCAACGACACAAUCAAAAUCAGUGACUUUGGCUGGUCCGUGCAUGCUCCUUCCAACAGACGAAGCACCCUCUGUGGUACCAUGGACUAUCUUCCCCCGGAGAUAGUUCAAUCGCGGCCCUACGACAAGAAUGUCGACGUGUGGUCUUUGGGAAUUCUUAUGUACGAAUUCCUGUGCGGUGCCCCUCCCUUUGAGGAGCCCGGAGGAGCUCAGGCAACCUACCGACGAAUUGUCAAGCUGGACCUGCGAAUUCCUCCCUACGUGUCAGCAGACGCUGCCGAUCUGAUCAAGCGAAUGCUCACUCUGGACCCUGCCAAGCGAUUCAAGCUCAAGGACAUGCAUAAACACCCUUGGAUUGUCCGACUUCGACCCACUUGGAAGUACAAGGUGCCCAAGACCGCCUCCCAUGAGAGGUCAGCCUAA